GAGGUGUGCCUCCAACGGAAAAUCAAAUGACAUUACAUUCACGCCUAUGGGUAAUCCGUUAGUUAAGCACAACAAAUAUGGCGUCGGUUUCCAAAGGGUACGAACUAUUCUCACGUGAGUGAAGACUGAUUUACAACACUGUAACGUAGAAAAUGUAAACAUACAGACUCAAAUAAAUCGCUCAAGUAGGUUUUCAGGUUUUUGAACAACACAGCCGGUCAUUUAUUUCAGCUGGGACCUCCACACAUACCACGUUACGGCUAAUGUUAGCUUGUUAGAGCGCUUUUCUUUCAGGCUCUUUGGUGGCCAACAUGGCGACCAUGUAAAGCAAACAGACUGUGUGCUUUGCCAACAAAAUGAGGGUCCCCCGGUGCUGCAUGGGGCUUCGGCGAGCCUAUUUGGUUUGGCCAAUCCUGCUGCUACUCCUAGUCGGUGCAGCCCUGACCGCUCUGCUGCCCCCUGCUGAGGACCAAAGAGGCGUUGGUGUCCUGGGAGUGCUACGCAGGGCAACAGCACAAAAGGAGACUCCUUCUCAGGGCCACCAUGGUGACAAUACAGAGGAGAAGCAGAGGUUUACCAUCAUCAUCCAAACUUACAACCGCACUGACAUUUUGCUCAAACUUCUAAACCAUUACCAGGCAGUGCCUCAUCUUCAGAAGAUUAUUAUAGUUUGGAACAACAUUGGGGAGCAGACACCCCUAAAGUUAUGGAACUCUUUGGAGCCUCAUCCGGUCCCUGUGGUCUUCAAGGAGCAGACUGUCAAUCACAUGCGCAACAGACUACAACCAUUCCCUGAGAUUGAAACUGAAUGGUCAGGUGUUUUGCUUUGAUCCUUAGCUGUGCUGAUGCUGGAUGACGACACCCUGGUCAGCGUUCCUGACAUCAGUUUUGCGUUCUCUGUCUGGAAGCAAUUUCCAGACCAGAUUGUUGGGUUCAUCCCACGGAAACAUGUCUCAACACCAGGGGGAGUGUACAGUUAUGGCAGCUUUGAACUGCAGGACCCAGAAACAGCUGGAGGUGACAAAUACUCCAUGGUGUUAGUUGGUGCUGCCUUCUUCCACCGCCGCUACCUGCAGCUCUUUCGGGAUCAACCUGAAGCAGUGCAUUCGCUUGUGGAUGAAACACAGAAUUGUGACGACAUUGCCAUGAACUUUGCUGUAGCUCUUUAUUUGAGGAAACACUCUACAGGCAGCAUUAACAAACCCUCUGGGGUCUUUGUCAAACCUGUGGACCUCCGCAACCUAGAGAAGGAUGCCAGCAGUGGGUACCAGGGUAUGUGGCAUCGCCCUGAACACCUUCUUCAGAGAUCCUACUGUCUGAACAAGCUGACACAGAUCUAUGGCUUCAUGCCUCUCUGCUUCUCCAACCUGAUGGUCUCCCAGUUUGGCUUCCCCAGCUAUGCCAAUCACAAGAGUAGAGGCUGAGGAGCUGCCACACUGUUUUGGAUUGAAAGAAGACAAACUCGAGUAACAGUCUUUCGUCAUUUCAUCUGCAGGACUAUCAUGGAUUUUGGACUAUCAGGAUUUUCUACCCAUGGCCCAGUCUGAUGGAACGUCCAUAUUUGAUAAAUGAAUCUGUACCUUGAUACCAAAGCUGCCUUUCCUUCAGUAUGAACUACUCUGUGGAUUGUAGGGAACUUAUUUUAUAGCCAGCAGGUGUCAGUCUUAGAUCUGCUUUGACAAUUUGCCUUGUUUGUAACCAUGAGUUACAGCUCUGAUGCAGUCUCCUUCCAAUUUUGGUUUUUACUACAUUUAUAGUUGUUUAUGGAACAAGUCACUUUUCUGGUGAGCUUGUUUUACA